GCCGCGAGCCAAUACCAGCCCCUCGACACGUUGUUCCAUCUCCAAGAACAAGACUUCGUUCUUGCGUUCUCGCAUUCUCUCGCAUUGUUCCGUGACGACAUCUCGAACAGUUCCUGUCAUCGAGAGCCGACCGUCUCUCCAACCUGGAUGAGUCCGGGGUAGUCUCGCUCCUGCCAUCUGACAUGAUCAACAAGACCGAUGUAGAACAAAAGCAAUGGCUGCAAAUAUAGCAGGCACCUCGCCAUUGUCAGAGAGCAAUCUCAUCCGCCCGGUGGCCUGCAAACGAUGUAGGGGUCGUCGCACGUAUUGUUCUAAGGAGCAACCCAUCUGUGCGAGUUGCAAAGAAGGCAGAUACGAAUGUGUUUACGAAUCUGGUCGGAAGAUACAAGUCUCAGAAAGUUAUCUGCGAGAGCUCGAAGCUAGACUCAAGUCAUAUGAGGCAGGCUCAGCAGCGACAAACAGUCAGCCUACUUGUAUCAAUGCAAAGACCGAUCCGGAGCUUGAUGUCAACCCUCUCAUGGACAACUUCGCUAAUCUCGUCAUGAGUCCUUCUGGCAAACAUCACUAUUUAGGCAGCUCUUCGUCGACCAUCCUUAGUAGAAGAUUCCGGGAUAUCGUUGGCAUUACAAAUCCUGGGUUUGACCUCGAUCGGGAGUAUUCGACGUAUAAUCAUUCUGCGCUAAGGCUCCGACGCCUUUCAAUCGUCGACAAUGUUAUGCUGCCGCCCGCUGCGUUUGCCAGACGUCUCUACAUGGCUCAGCAUUCGUACAUCGGCACUAUCUUUGCGUUCUGUACGCCAGAGGUGUUUGAAGAACAACUUCAACAGGCAUAUCGUGGUCUGCCAGAUGUUGGAGAUAGGGAGGCUUGCCUCGCGUACUGCCAGACACUGUUGGUACUGGCCUUCGGUCAGCUAUACUCUGUAAAUCAGUGGUCUGGCUUCGACGGACCCCCUGGGUUCGACUUCUUCACGCAAGCUCUACAGUAUCUGCCAGAUAUGUACGAAGAAGGGUCUGUCCUGUUCGUGGGCGUCUUGGCCCUGAUAGGAUACUUCAUGCAAAAUCUUAAUCGGAGAGAUGCCGCAUUCUUAUAUGUGGGUACAGCGUUGAGAAUGGCUAUAUCGCUUGCAUUGCAUCAAGAGGUGCCAGAUCCGCGUCUCGACCAAGCGAGCAAAGAGCAACGCCGUCGUAUCUGGUGGAGUGUAUACAGUCUGGAUCGCAUUCUGUGCGUGAAGAGUGGUAACCCUCUUACCAUUGACGAUCAGGAUAUCGCUGUGAAGCUCCCAAGCAGGCUCACCAACGAGCCAGAAUACUGUCCUGCCGUUUGCUUGCGGCAUUACACUCAACUAUCACGAAUCCUCGGACGAAUCAUGAAAACAAUAUACAGAAAAACGCCGAAGAGUGGCUCGACACUCAUAGCCUCCGUCUCAGAAAUCAUGACAUCUUUGUCUACUUGGCACCGGGAUCUACCAAAUCAAUUGCGGUUUGAUCCUGCCAAAUUAAACGUUUCUCGUGAAUCUGUCUCGACAUUCCUGCAUUACCAUCAAUGCAUCAACCUCACUGCUCGGCCUCUUCUUUUUCAUGUAGUCGAGAAACGUCUACAAGGCAAUGCAAGCGACCUUGGCAAAGACUGGAGAAACGGAUUGUCUCCAACAACCAUCGCCGUUAUUGACAUGUGCGUCUCGGCAGCCAAGGACUCUGUCACCAUGAUGACCUUUGCAGCGCAGAAGGAUCUCGUGGCGACUUAUGGCUACAUGGAUGGAGAACACGCAUUCUCUGCGGCUAUCGUUCUAGUCAUGGUCUGUGUUGCCUUUCCUGCUAGCAGAUCGGAGAUCACUGCCAUGGACCAAUCACUUGAGCUCAUCCGGAGCAUGGCCGAGAGAGGUAACACACAUAUUGGCGCCAGAUAUCAACUGCUCUCUCAGCUACGCUCUCUGAUCUCGCGACCAUCUACUAAUGUCGCUUCGACACCUCCGCCAACAACGGCAGCUCAGCCGAGUACCACGUUCGUCGAUGUUGACCAGAUUUUGUCGUACGAUGCUGGAGAUGUGGACUUUGGGCUUUGGGAGGAAGGAUAUACCAACCCAGAUUUUGACAUCGAUUUCGACCUUUCACAAUGGACACAAGCUGCGCAGAAUACAUACGGCGCUCUGCCAAUGUAAUUUGGACGCUUCGUGAUAUCACUCUAGUGCUGCCCAGACAAACCAAAAGAGACUCGAAGUGAUACUAUCUCACAUGUAUAUAACGACAAAUGAACCUAACUCUUUCUUUACAUCACUAUCGCUUGAGAUAAGAGGUUUCUCCCUUUAUUUAAUGUACCUUCCUCC